AUGUCUUAAGGAAAUCGCAGAGGUUGCAGUGAGGAAAACGCAGCACGAAACCUGCCCUCUUUCGUCAAAACCGAAUACAACUUAGCUCUCUCCUCGCUUGCUUUUUCUCCCUCUUUGCUUUUUCCCCCGCCCGGCCCUGCCUCCACUGUCGCCCUCUGACGUUUUGGCUUCGGCUGGCUCCCAAGGAAAGUUGGCUAAGGCUGUGCCUGGAGGUUGCCGUGGAGACGAAGAGUUGCAUCGGCUUUUCCUGGAGAGCUGAGCUUCCUCCAGAAAGAUAAAGAGUUUCGGUCUUUUCCUUUGCCCGCCAUUGCCCUUCCCUACGCCGCCCCUUCCCGGCGUUGAGCGACCGAAAGCGCUUCAAGAGAACAGCUCGCUUCUUGCGGUUAAUCGUGAGACAAGCCUGCUGCUUCUGCUCUCGAAAUGGAAAAUCCAUCACUAUGCAUAGAAUCUGAAUACAUCAAGAAUCUUCAACAGCAAAUUUAUUUCCUUGAAUUGGAAGCUAAGUUUCUUCGUGAACAGACUAAAAAAGCAAUUAAUACUCAGCCUUUCCUUGCAUGUGAAAUGGAACAUAUGCUACAAAACCGACAGACAUUACAGUGUAAGGCUGAUAGCCUUGAUCUGGAGCUGAAGCGAAAGAAAGAUGGUUUACACAUGCUGAUGAUGGAAAGAAAUCAACUUAAUAACCAAAUCAGUAUGGCUAAUGAGCAGCAUUUAAAAGAGAAACAGGGUUUGAUAGAGGAAAUCAGGCAAUGGAAGAGAAAGAAAGCAGAGAAGGAUGAGCAAAUCUCUGCAAAGCAAAUUGAGAUCUCGUAUGCUAAGCAGGAACUGGAAGAAGAACAAAUGAAUCUGAAAAACAAAGAACAAACUAUCCUUAUGCUAAAAACAAAGGUGACGCAACAGUUGGAACGGCAAAAGGCAAUGGAGUUGCAGCUUUCUGAAAAGAAAAAGGAAUUUUUGGAUAUGCAGUCUGCUGUACAUGAAAUGGAAGAAAAAAUCCUUAAGAAAACAGCAGCAAUACAUGCUCAAAUUACUCGUGAAUUACGGAAUGAGACAUCUUUUUUGCACCAUCAAAUUCAUGAACGAGAGCUACUGGCAGAACAGGACCGUCUCUUACGAAGUAAAAUAGCGGAUGAUUAUGCAGCUUUGACCAAGGAAAAUAAUCUCUUGCAAUCCAGGUUUUUGGAACUUGUCAAACAAACAAACAUUGAAAGAGUUCUCAAGGAAGAGAUGUAUACAACCCAUUCAGCGAGCAUUCCUCAAUUUCUGACAGUGAAAGAUCAGGAAGAGCAACUGCAACAUGAAAUUAAGACACACCAAGACCUUCUGGAGCAAGAAAUGAGCACCUUCCAGGAACUUGAAGAUAAGAUUAGCCUGUUAGAAAAAAGAAGCACAAGUGUUGAUUUAAAUAUUGCAACAUUGAGUAGCCGAAUAGCUGAAGUUAGAGCUAUGCUAGAAAAAGAAGAACAAGACAACAUUGAACUAAAAAGAGAGAAUUCUCUGCUAAUUGAUUUUGCAUCUAAUCUAAAAAAACAGCUGGCUGGAAAAGAAAAUAGUCUACUGGAGGCAUCAAAUAAGAUGCUGGGCCUGGAUGAAGCAAUUUCAGCUUUAAAAAUGAAGCAUACAUUACAUCAAUCUCUUCAAUCAGAAAAAUGGGACAAAAUCUCCAAAAUGGCAAAUUCCAUGAUGAAACUCAGCAAUUCAAUGGUGAAUAUUAUUGACAGAAUAGGAAAAGAAUAAUUGAGAUGUGUUAAUGAGCUUUGAUUUCCUAUGAGAAAUGUUGAAUUAUGUAUGAUUUCAUAGAACCUUCUUGAAUCAUGUCAAUUUAAUGAUGUUACUUAUUCUUUGAAUCAUGACUGUACACAGAAAGAAGAUGCAGUGGUAUUUGGGAAUGACUUUGGGAGAUAGGAGGAAGACCCACAGACAAAUGGGUCUUGAUCUAGUUAAAUAAGCAAUGGUCGGAUAAGAAGUAGCUGAGCCCUCAGUAGAAAUGGGGGCAUGACAAAUUUUAGAAGGGACUCUUUCUAGUUUCUUGAGGUGUAGAGAAGGGGGGGUGAUGUAUGUUCAGGCUCACAAGAUUCUGUAUAUUUAACAUUACAAUAAGGAUGGAGUUGGUAUUUCUGGUAUGCUUCUUGUCUGGACUACCUUGCAAGGCUGAAAUAAGACGACUUUGAAAUUGAAAUCUUCAAAAGCAAUUGUAUAAAUUUAAGCAUAAUCUAUACUUACCUUGCAAAUAUUUAUACAUUUAAUUAUUACUGAUGGAUUUAGAACAUAUUUAAAAAUAAUUAUAAUUGCCAGGGCACAAUUUAUUAUGUAGCAUGAAAUAAUUCUUUUACCAAAGGACAAUAUUUAAUAGAAUUCAAUGGGUUUUGCUACCAAGAAACAGAUUGCACUAAGAAUAUAUCUUAUUUAAUAGAUUUUUAAAAUGUUAACUGUUAAAGCUGAAAAGCAGCAGCAAAUAAUAAUGUACUGCAUUAUAGGAUAAUAGGUGAUACCUGGCAGCAUUUAUUUUAUUCUGCAUCCUCAACUUUAUAUAUAAGAUUUUAAACCAUUGUACAGAAAUUUAAAUUUGGUAACCUUUGUUUAAAUGAUUGUGUGUAUUCUGGUCUUAAGUGUAUUAUAGGAAGUUAGCACUCAUCCCUCCCCUAGAAAAAUGAAAUAAAUUUCAAUUUCAAAUCUUUACUGUCAGUGCACAACAUAUGUACAAUGAGAUUGGUUGAGCUCCCUCAGUGCAGCCCUCCCAACACAAUACAACUCACAGUGAAGACAGAAAAUCCCAAAUCCAAUAAAUCAUAUUAACAAAACACCCA